UAUAGUAACAGACUAGGAGAGUUCAGUAGUCACUAUGGCCCGUACCAAGCAGACCGCCCGCAAAUCUACUGGAGGGAAGGCUCCCCGCAAGCAGUUGGCCACCAAGGCUGCCAGGAAGAGCGCCCCAGCCACCGGCGGAGUCAAGAAGCCUCAUCGCUAUCGGCCCGGGACAGUGGCUCUCAGGGAGAUCCGACGCUAUCAGAAAUCCACCGAGCUCCUCAUCCGCAAGCUGCCCUUCCAGCGCCUGGUCCGUGAGAUCGCCCAGGACUUCAAGACCGAUCUGCGCUUCCAGAGCUCUGCGGUCAUGGCGCUGCAGGAGGCCAGCGAGGCUUAUCUAGUGGGGCUCUUCGAAGACACCAACUUGUGUGCUAUCCACGCCAAGAGAGUCACCAUCAUGCCCAAGGACAUCCAGCUGGCCCGCAGGAUCCGCGGGGAGAGAGCUUAGACCCACCGCACACCCUAAUAUUCACCCAAAGGCUCUUUUAAGAGCCACCAAA